AGAAUUUGUGAGGACUUUAUUAAGAAAACAGGAAAAACACACCCUUAAUUGUAAGGCCAGCCCUUCGACAAAUGAUGUUGAAUAAUUGUCUUGCAUUUAGCCUUGUACAAUAAACAAUAUGAUCUUCAAAAUUUUUCUUUGAAAUUCCAGUUCUUUCGUGGCUAAAAAUAGAGUCUUUGAAGGUGUUGAACGACGGCUUCAUAGUCAUGACCAUUUGCAGCAAAGACUUUACGUCAAGUCGUCGUCUUUUGGGCCCAACAAAAGGAGCCUAUAGUAAUCAUCUUCUUGUGGAACUGGGACAAAUGCCAGAUUCAGUUACAUCAGACUUCUUGUCUGUGUGAUCUCGAAGCAGACACCAACAUACUCCAUACCCUCUCAACACUAUAGAAUGCUUGAAGUUUAGACUAUGAACCAAAAGUACAGACGAUGACAAUGUACACUAGACAUGAGCACAAAAAGACUGCUCUCCGCCAAUAACUUCCAUCCUUUCCCACCCAUGUUGAAAAACUACCUACAGUGGACCCAAAACACCCCGACCCAGAAAUCAGGUACACCUUUUAAUGCAAAGGGUACCUCCAUUUUAGCUACAGACCUCUUGAAAUCAUAUUUUGAAAGAGGCCUAACUAGUCAAGCACGCAACUUGUUUGAUGAAAUGCCUGAGAGAGAUGUUGUUGCAUGGACGACGAUGAUUUCAGGGUACACGCAUUGCAAUGAAUACACUCAAGCAUGGAGUGUUUUUGUCGAUAUGGUAAAGAAAGGAAAUGACCCACCAAAUGCGUUCACAAUAUCAAGCGUUCUAAAGGCUUGCAAAGGCAUGAAGCGUGUUUUUUGUGGGAGUUUGGUCCAUGGAUUGGCUAUUAAAAGAAGGUUUAUGGAGGGUUUUAUUUAUGUGGAUAAUGCUCUCAUGGAUAUGUAUGCUUCUUGUGGUGUAGGAAUGAGGGAUGCUUGUGUUGUUUUUCACGAUAUUAAAGAGAAGAAUGUUGUGUCUUGGACUACCUUGAUUGCUGGUUACACUCACAGAGGCAAUGGCAAUCGCGCACUUCAAAUGUUCCGGGAAAUGCUACUGGACGGAGUAGCAAUGAACCCACAUAGCAUUUCGAUAGCUGUUAGGGCAUGUGCCUCAAUUGGCUCACAGAAUUUUGGCAGGCAAAUACACACAGCGGUGAUCAAACAUGGGUUUGAAUCCGAUCUUCCUGUCAUGAAUUCUAUACUUGAUAUGUAUUGUAGGUGUGGAUGUUUAUCUGAGGCAAACAAGUAUUUCAAUGAUAUGACUGAAAAAGAUUUGAUCACAUGGAAUACAUUAAUAGCAGGGUAUGAAAGAUCGGAUUCCAUUGAGCCUCUAUUUAUAUUUUCACAAAUGGAGUCAGAAGGUUUUACUCCAAAUUGCUUCACUUUUACCAGUCUAAUAGCAACGUGCGCGAAUGUAGCAGCUUUGUGUUGUGGACAGCAAGUUCAUGGAGGAAUUUUUCGCAGAGGGCUUGACAGAAACCUGGAAUUGGCUAAUGCCUUGAUUGAUAUGUAUGCAAAGUGUGGUAAUAUAUUUGAUUCACACAAAAUAUUUAGUGAAAUGCCUUGUAGAAAUUUGGUCUCUUGGACUUCUAUGAUGAUUGGAUAUGGGGCUCAUGGAUACGGUGAAAAGGUUGUUGAGUUGUUUGAUGAGAUGGUCAAGUCAGGCAUCAGACCUGAUCAGGUAGUGUUUAUGGCAGUUCUAAGUGCGUGCAGUCAUGCUGGACUAGUUGAUCAAGGCUUGAGAUACAUCAACUGUAUGAUAAAUGAUUAUCACAUCAAGCCAAAUCAGGAGAUUUAUGGCUGUGUUGUAGAUUUGCUAGGGAGACCAGGGAGAGUGGAGGAGGCCUAUCAACUAAUACGAAGCAUGCCAUUUAUGGCUGAUGAGUCUGUUUGGGGUGCACUUCUUGGUGCUUGCAAGGCACAUAACUUUUCAAGGUUGGGGAAAUUGGCAGCUAAGAAGGCAUUGGCUUUGAGACCAAACAUGGUAGAGACCUAUGUGAUGCUGUCAAAUAUUUAUGCUGCAGAAGGCAAAUGGGGAGAAGCUGCAAGAAUGAGAAAGUUGAUGAAGAGAGCAGGGUGUAGAAAAGUGGCUGGGAGGAGCUGGAUUGAGGUACGAAACCAGGUUUACAGUUUUGUUGUUGGAAAUAAGAUGGGUUCUCAUAAAGAGUGGGUUUAUGAAGUUCUGGAAUUACCUGUACAGCAUAUGAAAGAGGCUGGCUAUGUGCCUGAAGUUGAUUGCCUAAUACAUGACCAAGAAGAUGGCACUUGAUUAGAAGUUGAGAAAAGAUGAAAAAGGAAAAUUUGAGGCCUAUGAAAACUCAACUGUUUGAUAAACAUGACCCCAAGUUGGAGAAAAUUGGAAGAAGGAAAAUGUGAUGGAUUAAGUAAAUUUCAAUCUUUCUUGGGAAGUUCAUCUGUUGAAUUUGAAAUAAUAAAUGGCCCAUACCCCUACAUAUUGCAGGCAUCAAACAACACAGGUGCAUGCUAAUUUUUGUACAUUUGAUAAAUUCAUUCUUAUCUAUCAUCAGUGGUAAUAAUUUAAGCUGAAUCAAAUUGGAGCUAGCUGAAAUUUGUGACCCCUUAUUUUUUGUACUUAACUUUUCCUGUACUGUUUGAAUGCAGAAAUCCACACACUACCAUCUCAAACCAAAAUUUCAAAGGAACUUGAGUAAUCUUGUGCUCUGUGUAAUUCUUUAUAUGUAAUCAGCUUGAUGAGGAACUCACAAACCAAGCAGCGGAAACUUCCACACUUGCGCUGAACAUCCAGGUUCUUUCAGCCAAUUUGAGCAAAAGUAGCCAACACAUAUUUUUGUCUAUUUCCUGAAUCAUGAAGGAUCCAGUCUUCACUGCACAUUUGCAGUAUAGAGAUAAUGUCAUGCAUGAGAUUUAAAAUGGGGGAUGACAAUGGUCAGCACCACUAGAGAUGCAUCUAACGAUCUCAAAGGAGCCUGGUUCAGCCUCCAAGCACCUGCAACCAAGUGUCUAGCUAGAAGGAUACCAUGAUAAAGAGCGCAUAGUCAGCUGUAGUGUUAAUAGUUUCACUAAGAUAAACUGAGAAGCUUUGAAUCCAGUUUCUGAUAUAGUCUCUUUGUAAGUCAUCCGCACCAGCCUUUCUUCAAUCAUGUAGGAAAACUUGGGACGAGGGCCUUCUCUUCAUAUUUUCUUUUGUAAUCUAACCAUUCUCUAAAUUAUUCUUUUACUAGAA